CAUAAAUUAUCGAAUAUAAAACUGCCACCACCAGCAAUUCCCUACUUUUAGAUUGGCCGAGCUUCGUUUUUAGAAAUAUUUUAAGUUUAAUAAUAUUAUUAAAUAAUGCGCGACCGCGACAGACGUGAUAGAGAUCGCGAUAGGGACAGGGAUAGGGAUAGAGAAAGGGACAGAGACAGAGAAAGAGACCGCGACAGGGAAAGGGACCGAGACCGGGACCGUGACAGAGAGAGGGACCGCGAAAGAGACCGUGAUCGGGAAAGACGCUACCGCUCCAAAUCGCCCACCAGGAGCAGUCGCCACAGCUCCAAAUCGAAGAAGAAAAAGUCCAAAAAGUCGAAGAAGUAUUCCAGAAGAAGUCGUAGCACCAGCAGAAGUUCAUCUCGUAGCUCCUCUAGCAGCAGGAGCAGUUCCCGCAGCAGACACAGCAAAAGUCGAAGUCGUGACCACAAAUCCCGCUCCACAUCCCAGAGAACAGUAAGGGCACCCAGUUCCGAAAACAACUCCCGAUCGGCGCCCGCCCCAGCAGCUAUCGUAGCUGCUGCUUCAGCCAUAAAGUCCAUCGACUUGCUGGACGCCAAGGUGCAAAAGGCAUUGGAGACUAUUGACGAGGAUGCCUUCAAGCCGGCGACCUUCAUCAGUUCGAGAGAAACGUCCGAAAAGGUUAUCAUAGAUCUCAACAAAGAAACGGUGACAGUGGCCAACAAGCCGGCCAUGGCAAUACGAAACGAAGAUGUAAUAUUCCAUCCAAACUUCCUUGGCGACCCCGAUGCGAAGGCCGAAAAGUGGCUGCGCAAACUCUACAAUUACCGCCAGAAGUACAUGCAGGAGUAGUGGAUUUUAGACUCUGUAUUUAACAAAAAAUAAACCUAUGCCUAGAAAAUGUC